CCAACCUCGCCUGCUCCAUCUCCAACAACGAGGAGGGGGUGAAGCUAGUACGCAUGGCUGCUACACAGAUCGAUAGCCUGUGUCCUCAGGUAAUCAAUGCAGCCCUGACGUUGGCCGCACGCCCUCAAAGCAAGGUUGCUCAGGACAACAUGGAUGUUUUCAAGGACCAGUGGGAGAAGCAAGUACGCAUCCUGACCGAGGCUGUUGAUGACAUCACUUCAGUUGAUGACUUCCUGUCUGUUUCAGAGAACCACAUUCUGGAGGAUGUAAAUAAGUGUGUGAUCGCCCUGCAGGAGGGGGAUGUGGACACGCUGGACAGGACAGCAGGGGCAAUCCGGGGCCGAGCCGCUCGUGUGGUGCACAUUAUUAAUGCUGAGAUGGAGAACUACGAACCUGGCGUCUACACUGAGCGUGUUCUCGAGUCCAUCAAGCUCCUCUCUGAGACCGAGAUGGGGACAGAUGGACAGAGGAGAUCAGGAAGCUCUUGGAAGAAGGAAGUUAGAGGAGAGAGGGGUAGACAGACGAGCAAAGAUGUGAUGCCGCGCUUUGCCGAGCAGGUUGAGGUCGCCAUCGAGGCUCUUAGCACCAGCCCCCCGCAGUCAUUCGAAGAGAACGAGUUCAUUGACGCCUCUCGCCUCGUUUACGACGGAGUGCGUGACAUCAGGAAAGCAGUCCUUAUGAUAAGAACUCCAGAAGAGUUGGAAGAUGACUCUGACUUUGAGCAAGAAGACUAUGACGCCCGUAGCCGCACCAGCGUACAGACAGAAGAUGACCAAUUGAUUGCUGGACAGAGCGCAAGGGCUAUCAUGGCUCAGCUGCCUCAGGAAGAGAAGGCCAAGAUUGCUGAACAGGUGGAGAGUUUCAGGCAGGAAAAGUGUAAGCUGGACGCAGAGGUCGCCAAGUGGGACGACAAUGGAAACGACAUCAUCGUGCUGGCCAAGCAGAUGUGUAUGAUUAUGAUGGAGAUGACUGACUUCACCAGAGGCAAAGGCCCUCUGAAGAAUUCCUCUGAUGUGAUCAAUGCCGCAAAGAAAAUCGCAGAGGCUGGAUCCAGAAUGGACAAGCUUGCCCGUGCUGUGGCUGACCAGUGCCCGGACUCAGCCUGUAAGCAGGACUUAUUGGCAUACCUCCAGAGAAUCGCCCUUUACUGCCACCAGCUCAACAUCUGCAGCAAGGUCAAGGCUGAGGUUCAGAACCUGGGAGGAGAACUCAUUGUUUCAGGGCUGGACAGCGCUACAUCCCUCAUCCAGGCAGCCAAGAACUUGAUGAAUGCCGUGGUCCUCACAGUCAAGGCCUCUUACGUGGCUUCCACCAAGUACCAGAAGGUGUACGGCACGGCGGCGGUCAAUUCCCCGGUGGUGUCCUGGCGCAUGAAGGCCCCGGAGAAGAAACCCCUGGUGAAGAGAGAGAAACCGGAGGAGUGCCAGACCCGUGUCAGGCGAGGCUCGCAGAAGAAACACAUCUCCCCCGUCCAAGCCCUCAGCGAAUUCAAGGCCAUGGACUCCUUUUAACUCCACACCACAGAUACCCAAAACUCCUCCUCCUCUCUUGAUUUCUUCUCCUCUUGUUACGGCUUAUUUUCUUGGAGCUGUAUCUUGUUCCAUGCAGCAACGUGUGUGUAUGUGCCCAGUAAAUGUCUGUGAGUUGGAAGGGCUUGGCCACCCAUCCUCUUCGAACCAAAUUUCGCUGUAAAUGAGAAACAAACUCGUGAAGGAAACGUUUACAGUGCAGGCUGCGGUACAAUUCAUGUGGUGUUCAUUCUCGCUGACUGGCCAUAUAUACACAGAGAUAUUAAAGAAUAUAAUCUAUGGUAUAGUAGUGUCAGCCCUAACCGAGGCAGAGGUGCUGCUUUCUUACCUAAUGAUUUUUUUAUUAUUAUUAUUUAAAAUGAAUAUGACCCUUAGUAAUAGGAAUAACUUAUGUUGAAACAAUUUUCAUCCUUCUUCCCAGUUAUCCAUAUGGUGACUUGAUGCACUAGUUUUUGCAUUUAAAAAUCCAUUUCUUUAAUUAUAUUAUUGUAUCACUAACCAUGGCAGCCAGGUUGGCUACUGUAUAGUAUUACAUUUAGAAAAGGACUAGUUGUGUGGUUUGCUCAGAGUCUAGUAGAAUCCUGCAUACCUUUAUAGUCCUGAUUCUCUAAUAAACCUUGCAACUGUGUGUGUCGAGUCAAGUUAUUUUCCCAUCCGUUCCAUUCAGCUUCAUGAUGGACAACAAGCGACCUUUGCACCAGCACCUGAUGUAUAAUAUUUGAUGCCGCAAACACAUUU